AUGGAUCAACUCCCAUAUGAAAUUUUGGUUGAGAUCUUUAAACGUAUCCGACGUCCAAUUUCCUUCGGGUUAACAAAUAAACUACUUUUAAAAGUUUUUACAGAUCCGGACAACGAUUUACGAAAACGUCUUGAAAAAUUGUGGGCCGCAGACUUACCAAUAGAGGUAUAUGGUGAACUAUUACAUGAAGGAAAUCGUAAAUGGAACGGACCAGAUUUUUGUUUGCGAAGCAAUGAUCUCGAGUUCUUUCAUUAUUUAACCGGUGGAAAUCUUGCAAUAAAAGUUGCAGAAAAUGUACUAAAUAAAAAUUUGCCGGAAAUUGAAGAUUUGAUCUUAAAUAAAAAAUUCGUCCCAAAUCCAAGAAAACCCAAAACUUCGUGUAAAAAUAUUAUCGAUUUCAUCAGAAAACAAGCACAGUUAUCCUCAUCGUCUGAACAAGUUUUAAAAGAAAUAGUGUCUGAUGGGUUUGAAAACGCCAAAGCUCUAAACAUAAUAUCCAGAGCGAUUAUUAUAUGUCCAUAUUUGGUAUCUUUAUGGAAUAAAAUAGGUUAUGAUUUGAUUAGUUUCGAUUUUAACGAUCUAGUUUUACAAGGGAAUUUCCUUAUUUUGUUUCCGCCCAAUUCUUUCGAAGAAACUGUUUUGAAACAUUAUGAAAUUGGAGAAAACCCUGAUAAAAUUGUUUAUCAAAGUGAUGAAAAUUUAGAGUCCCUAAAGCUUUUUUCUUUUGAUUUAAAUAUCUAUCAAUGGAUUUUAGAAAAAUUUGGAACUUCUUCGACUGUUACUUCAAAAUGUCUCGAAGAAAUUGUAUCAACUAAAACCUAUUUUGUUAAUCUAAAUAAUAGUGGUAACAACAAUAGCAAUAGAAAUCGAAAUAAUAACCUCUCACCUUCCACUUCUUUUUCUUCUUCCGAACCCAUUAGAUCAAUUACUUUGCCCACAUGCGUCCAAGCUUCCUUUGAUGGGGUAUACGAGCAUUAUUGUAAUUUUUAUCAAUUGAAUCGUCUAAUGCAUUAG